UCGGUACUUAGGUGCGUGUGUUUGUAUAAGUACAUAUAGGUGACGGUCGCGAAAUAUAGUAGCAGCCAUCUUAUAUUUUGUGUCGGAGAAAAACAAUUUGGCCGUACAAAUGUUUCGCGAUUGUCCGUGAAACCGCUUGAGAACGGGAGGCGUGCGCUCGAUGAGGCGUGACGUUUUUCGACCCUAGCCCGGACCACUACAUUAGCAAAGGUUCGUAGAAUGUUGCUUUCUUGCUCGGCUACAGCAAAAGCGACCCCCACUUGCGAAGCGCUUACGAAGAAUCCGGUUUCGCAGUCAAAAUAUUCCGCCGUUUCUCCCGUCGCUUUUUUAAAAAUAGAGUUGCCCGUGUUGCUCACUGCUGGGUUACGUUCUGUUGACGGCGGCAUCGUGCCGUCUUCGAGUGCUUCGCGUAAAAGUUAUGCAAUCAGCUGAUCAUCCAGCUACCUUCUGUCACUUGUCAAAGAUAAAUGUCAAAGCAAUUGGUCUAACCUGACACGCGGUAUAUAUGAGUUGGGCAUGCAUGAUCCCAGAAUUACGAGUGUACCUACAUCGUCGCAAAUUUUUGCGCCACAACGAGUGUCAUAAAUGGCGAUUUAUAGAGGUUCCCUGUCAUGCAGGUGGAUUGGUACGCAGGAUAUGAGCAGCUUGUCAAGCGCAACCUGACUCUGCUCCCACAUCAAGAAGGAGUGCAGCAGCAGGAGCCACAAUCACAACAGCUGGCUCAACAGGAACAGACUGAUAUAAUGACGUCCAUGUUUGAACAACAAAUCAAAAGUGAACCCAUGGGGUUUUAUUCUGUUGCUUCAAGCCGUUCGGAUGGUUCAAAUUCUAUGGUGAAUUUGUCUGAUGAUCGUGAAGAUCUUUCGCAACAAGAGGGGCACCUACAAGCCCAGCAGCAGACGACGUUAAACCAGUUAAACCAGCAACAGGGUCAACAACAAGCUCAACAACAGAAUCAACAAGCGCAGCAGGGCCAACAACAGCAGAGUCAGACUGUGCAACAGGAAGUUCCAAGCCGUCAGUCGACAGGACAACAGACGGUUAAAGAAGGUUCACGGUCAAAGCCACAACCCUGUAAGGUAUGCGGCAAGGUGCUGUCUUCUGCUUCAUCGUACUAUGUACAUAUGAAACUUCAUUCGGGCAACAAACCAUAUCAUUGUACAGUAUGCGAAGCAAGUUUCUGCCGGAAACCAUACUUGGAAGUGCACAUGAGGACGCACACAGGAGAACGACCCUUUCAAUGUGAGUUGUGCUUGAAAAGGUUUACGCAGAAGAGCAGUCUUAAUACUCAUAAAAGAGUGCACACAGGGGAGAGACCGUACGCCUGCGACAUUUGUCAGAAACGUUUUGCAGUGAAAAGCUAUGUGACGGCACACCGUUGGAGCCAUGUUGCUGAAAAGCCUUUGGUGUGCGACAGAUGUUCCCUCACAUUCACGUCCAAGAGUCAAUUCGCAAUACACAUCCGUACCCACACAGCAAGCACUACGUACGAGUGUAAUAUAUGCGGACGUACGUUUGUACGUGAUAGUUAUCUAAUACGGCAUCAAAACCGGGUACACCGUGAUAUGAAUCAAAGCAGUACGAAUCAUAAUCCACCCACGCCUCAAAGCACCGGUGGUGGUACACCAGGUACGGGCUUCGAGAGCCCGGUUUGUGAUUUACGCUACAGCGAAGGACCUUCCUCGUUGGACGGAUUGACCGGUUCCAAGGGAGGGAUCGCUGCCGAAAUCGCAAGUUUAGCCAAGCAAAAUAAUCUUCAACUUCCUCUACCAUUGCUACAUCCGCAGACCACCAACUAGUGUUUAGAUGACAGCGUGUCCGAGCCCCUACCGCAACAACAUCAAUCACCGCAGCAAGUAGUUUGAAAAAUAAUAUCCCCGUCGUCUUCUUUCAUGUUGGUCGAUUCAGUGCGGAUAUCCUAUGGCUCGAGGCUCGAAACAGUUCCUGGUCCGACUUUCAACCCUUUGGGUGCUUUAUCGUGCUGGCUGAUCGGCCCUACACAUUUGUGAUACUCCGUUCCGCCAUAGCUUCCCUGGCUCGGACGUUUAAUACUCUCGGCUCGUCUCCUGGUACGAGCAGCGCGUGAUGUAAUUAAAUCGACUUUCGUGGGUCGGUGGGUUGUGGAGGGUGGGGAGGAGUGAGGGAUCGGGGGUGGGGGUGGAUUAAUCAGCGAAGAGCGGUGGAGGGGAGCGGUGGUGGUCCCGUUUGAUAAGGAUCACGUGAAUCGAGGGGUGGUGUACGAAUUUAAUAAGGGAGAGGGGAGGACGAAAUCAAUCUCGAUUUAUUAUCGAGGCUGAUCUGUCUUUUCUUUUCUUUUUUUUUUUUUUUUCUCAGAAAAAAAGGGAGGGAGAGAUAAGACGAGGAAAAAGAAUCGAGAGAUGAGGGGAAGGGAAGGGAAGGGGAAGGGGGAAGAAGAAGAGUAAAAAAGGAAAAAGAAAAAAAAAAAAGAAUACGAUUAAAGAAAAAAAAAAAAACGAUGCUCGCGUCGCUCGACAUUGCGCCUGUACCAUUUUGCUUCUUUAGCAGAGUACAAUGCCAUUUAUUUUUGUAAUACGUUUACGUAGGAUAGCUAUUAUUUUUAUAGAGGUUUACCGUGCUACCAGUAAGUCUUAUAGAGGCCUGCGAAAAAUGAAAUAGCGUAGGAUGAUUUUUCAUAGCGGAGCCGCGGAUUCCACGGAGAUAUUAUCGAAAUAUUACAUCAAUAAAAGUCACUCGAUGGAUUUUCGAUGAAUUAAAACGAAAAGGAAAAAAAAAAAAAAAAAAGAAAAAAUUUCGAAGAAAAAGAACAAAAAAGGAAAGGGGACACGCACUUCUAGUACUGGCUUUUAUUUUCGACGUUAUUCGAAAACGACACGUUCACAUAUACACAUACACACACACAGACACGCGCGUUUCUUCUUUUAUUACGAGAUUUGUACGUACGUGCAAUCAACACAUCCAGAGCAAUGCUUCUUUAGAGGAACAUCAUCGCAGGAACAAGCACAAGCAAUCCGUAUUUUAACGCCACGAAAUCUUCAUUAGGAUAACAAACUUUGUUAGUUAGUUCGAUGCAUAUAUAUUUUAGAAAAUGGGGAAAAUACAGAGCAAUAAAAAAAAGAAAGGAAUAAAUAAUGGUGAUAUUUCUUUCUUACGCGAGACGUAAGGCGAUUUUUUACCGCAUCGACGAUAAUUUCUCGUCGAUCUCGAAUAUUCAUUUUUUUACCCGUUAAUAACCGAUUAUCGUAGAGGCGGUACAACGUAGAAAGUAACACGCAAUAUUUCUUCCGCUAAUUGCUGCUUUUCGUGAAGUUAACCUCGGAUGAAUUUCCGAACGAGCCUCUUGACGCGUGUCACGUGCUAAUUUUAAGAUAUUUUAAUGUAAAAAUAGAAAAAAAAUACAGAAAAUAAGACCGUAUACAUAUACGUUUUCAAUAUUUUUUUACAAUAUUAUCUUUUCAUUUUUGAAAGUAUAUUCUUUACGAAAGAUUAAUUCGCGUCUCGAUAUUCGUUUCUUUUUCUCAAAAGUAAAGAUCGUUUCAAGAGACUUGUCACGAACAAGUGGUACAAUUUUCUCAAUCAAACAAGAUCGAAUCACAUUAAAGCUAUAAUAUAGAAUACAUACCUUGAUGCCAUUAUUAAUGUAAUAAAUAAUUAAAUUAUAGAGCUGUCGAGUCAAAGAAAAUCGCGAAUACGCGAUACGCGCGAAAAACUUCGAGAAGAAGUUAACCUCUCUUUGUCGAGCAGUAUUGCGAGCGAUGUUUUCGUUCGAAGCGAUCGAUAUUUUUAUAAACGAGUUUGCCGUCUUGAGCUAACUUCUCGCGCGUUUCGCCUAGCGAUAUUUCAGAGAUCUCCUCGUUUCUAACGUCUUCCCCAAUUUUAUUGGAAUUAUUCCACUGUUUUUUUUGGUUCGAACAAUGAUUUUUAAUCAAUAGAAGCAAUCGAAAUUCGAUUUUUAUCAUUAAUAAAAGCUACAGAACGCAUGUACACAUACAAUGGCUUGUAUGGUCUAUACAAUAAAUCUGGGGGAUUUAUUAAAUCGAAAAAAAAAAAAAAAAAUAAAGAAAAAAAAAGGGGGAAAGAUUGAUUGGCUCGUUAGGGCGUAAGUACUAUAUACAGACGUAAGAUUUUUUAUUGCUGAUAUUUUUCCUCAGGUCGAGUCUUGAACGGUGCCUAAAAAGCUUUGAUUAAGGAGAGAUCAAGAAAUAAAAAGCAAGUUCUGAAUUGCGUGUCAAUGAACUUUUUUUAGAAACGAAAAAAAAAAAAAAAAAAAAAAAAAAAAACGAGGAAGAAGAGAAAAAUGGGGAUUAUUUAUUGGAUUCUCGCGGUGUGUCGUUUCGCGUUUCGUCCUCGGCAAGAAUAAAAGAAAAGAGAAAAACAAGAUUGUACUAUUCGAA